GGGCGGAGCCUUGAAGGGAACGGGUCGGUGGUAGUUGCUCUGGGGCUGACUGGAUCCUCGCGGUCCAAUGGCUGCUCUGAAGUACGCGGGGCUGGAGGACACGGACAGCGAGGAGGAGCUGCCGCCCGGCUGGGAGGAGCGGACCACCAAGGACGGCUGGGUUUAUUAUGCUAAUCAUCUUGAAGAGAAAACCCAGUGGGAGCAUCCUAAAUCUGGAAAGAGAAAACGCGUUGCAGGAGAUCUGCCAUAUGGGUGGGAGCAAGAAACAGAUGAAAACGGACAAGUCUACUUUGUGGACCAUAUAAACAAAAGGACUACGUACCUUGACCCCAGACUGGCAUUUACAGUUGAAGAUAAUGCAGUGAAGUCUACGACUAGACAGAGAUAUGAUGGAAACAGUACUGCAAUGGAAAUCCUUCAGGGUCGUGAUUUGAGUGAAAGAGUGGUUAUAAUCACUGGAGCGAAUUCUGGAAUAGGAUUUGAAACUGCAAAGUCUCUUGCACUCCAUGGUGCCUAUGUCAUUCUUGCCUGCAGAAAUAUGUCAAGAGCCAAUGAAGCUGUGCAACGCAUCCUAGAGGAAUGGCAUAAAGCCAAGGUAGAAGCUAUGACCUUAGACCUUGCUUCUCUUCACAGUGUGCAGCACUUUGCUGAAGCAUUCAAAUCCAAGAAUGUGCCACUCCAUAUGCUGAUCUGCAAUGCUGCUGUUUUUGCUGCUCCGUGGUCCUUGACAGAAGAUGACCUAGAGGCCACCUUCCAGGUGAAUCACCUGGGGCAUUUUUACCUUGUCCAACUGCUUGAAGACAUUCUACGCCACUCAUCUCCAGCAAGAGUUGUGAUGGUUUCAUCAGAAUCACACAGAUUUUCAGAAAUUAAAAAUUCUGCAGGAAAGCUUGACUUCAGCCUGCUUUCUCCAUCUAAGAAAGAGUUCUGGGCUAUGGUGGCCUACAACCGUUCCAAGCUUUGCAAUAUAUUGUUCUCCAAUGAGCUAAACCGCCACCUUUCUCCCCACGGAGUGACUUCUAAUGCAGUGCAUCCUGGAAAUAUGAUCUACUCAUCCAUUCAUCGCAACUGGUGGGUGUAUACCCUGCUGUUUACCUUGGCUCGGCCUUUCACCAAAUCCAUGCAACAAGGAGCUGCCACAACUGUCUACUGUGCCACCGCUCCAGAGCUGGAGGGCCUGGGAGGAAUGUACUUCAACAACUGCUGUCGCUGUUUGCCAUCACAAGAGGCCCAGAAUGAAGUGACGGCUGCAGCCUUGUGGGAGCUAAGCGAGAGACUGAUCCAAGAACGAAUUGGCAGGCAGUCCAAAUAACAGGGAGCUUUUGUAAGGAUCAAAACACACAGAGUAUGUGCACGCUAGAAAACUGCCAACUCUGGAGCCUUUCCAAUCUUAUCAUCUCGAGGGUUUCCAUAUACCUCAGAUACAGAUUAGCUAGUGUUAAAUGAAAUAAUAUCAGUCACAACGUAGUGAAAAAAAGCUAAGUACUAAUGGGAAGUGGGGAAUACUGUGGGUUAAAGGGACAAUAUUGCUUUCUGGGGUUUAGUUAGUCUUGGUUCUCUUUCUUUUAGUUAUAGCCCAUUCAGAGUGUAAUUCAAGGAGGCAUCUUUUGAGUUAUUUUAGAAGAACAAUGCAGAGUAUAUUUCUUGAUGCUUUGAUUAAUGACUACAUGGCUAGCCCCAAAAUAACACGGGAUUUCCUCUAUAUUGUGGUAAUUAUUUGCUGUUAGGCCUUAUGCACUGAUCAGGAGAUGAUAGCGCUGUUUAUUUUUUUCCCUACUAAGUUUUUAUUGGGUGUGGCAAAUAAAAAAACAAAAUUAAUAGUAAUAAAGAAAGCAAGCUUCCCUGCCCUUGGCCGCUGGCUGCAAAUAUAACUGUGCUGUCUAGAAAAGGAAGGUGCAAGAAGACAUUUGAACAGAAAUGAUAAAGUCAGAUUUACUUCACUGCUAAUCAUUAAAUACGCAGGUUUUCCUUAAAAGAUUAUAAUAAAGAAUUGCAAACCAUUCCCUAAAUAUUGUUGCUUUAGGAAAAGAUGAUGAUGUCUCCUUAAGAACACACAGGGUGUAAUCAGGGGUUUAAAAGUUGUUCCUUCCAUUUCUUGGUUCACAGUUUUAAAGAGUUCGUUUUGUUGUCUUUGAAGGUUCACAGUUCUCCAGAUACUGCAUUCUGUUCAAAAUUUCUUUUUUUCCUUCAAUUUAAAUUUAGUAAAAGAACAUGCUUGAAUAUUGUCACCUGAAGAGAAAGUUUGUCUUGUUUCUGCAAAUGUUUUAGUUCCAUUUUUUUUUUUUAGAAAAGAAAACUUCAGGAAAAAUAAAGAGCUUCUUGUCGAUGCCAUGAAAAUGCUGUUUU